UCAUCUUGGACCUGUUUGCGCUCCUCGUCACCUCGACUGCCGAUAGCCUCCCCUGUUCAAGUCGGAGUCUCCUUUUCCCCGAAUCGAGUCCCCGACCCACGAAACUCGGCAGCUUUUUAUUUUAUUUUUCUUCCUUCUUUCCGCCAUAUCGUGACCCCAACCGAUAUAGAGAUUGCAGGAACAAAUAAACGAACGACCAUAGGAGCAAAUCCACCAAACAAAAUUCGACACCCAUUCGGGCCCCAUAUCUUCCUCCACCACUGACUGAAUCCCCUCUCUUGGCUCUCCUGCUCUCCUGCUCGCUCGACCGGCGGCCAGCAUGAGCCAAAUCUUGACGCCCCGGCAAGCUGAUGAGCUGCACGCACAAAGCCAUCAUCGCCUACCUCACCUCGACCAACCUGCAAAAGACGGCUAGCACGCUCCGCGAGGAACUCAACAUGGGCGAUUCCUUCGAUGAAGCCACCACCAAGAAAUACGAGGGCCUACUAGAGAAGAAAUGGACCAGCGUUGUGAGAUUACAGAAAAAGAUCAUGGAACUGGAGUCCCGAGUGGCCUCGUUACAAUCCGAACUUGACAGUGCUACCCCGACAUCUCUCUCCCGCCGAAACCAAGACCCCACCAGCUGGCUACCGAGGUCACCCGCCCGCCAUACUCUUGAAUCCCACCGCGAAGCCGUCACAUGCGUAGCAUUCCACCCCGUCUUUUCCUCGCUCGCCUCGGGCUCCGACGACUAUACCAUCAAGAUCUGGGACUGGGAGCUGGGCGAGCUGGAACGGACAAUCAAGGGCCACACCAACACCGUCCUCGACCUGGACUUUGGCGGUCCGAGGGGCGGCACCCUGCUGGCGUCCUGCUCCAACGACCUGACCAUCAAGCUCUGGGACCCCUCCGACGGCUACAAGAACAUCCGGACCCUACCCGGCCACGACCACAGCGUGAGCGGCGUGCGGUUCAUCCCCAGCGGCGCCGCCGGCGCACCCAGCUCGGGGAACCUCCUCGUGUCGGCCAGCCGAGACAAGACCCUGAGGAUAUGGGACGUGUCGACGGGCUACUGCCUCAGGACCCUCAAGGGCCACGUCGACUGGGUGCGGGAAGUCUGCCCGUCCCCGGACGGCCGCUUCCUCCUCUCGGUCGGCGACGACAGGGUAGGCCGGCUGUGGGACAUCAGCGCCGCCAACCCGGAAACCAAGCUGACCCUCGUCGGCCACGAGCACGUCCUCCUCUGCUGCGCCCUGGCCCCGCCGGCCUCGUACCCGCACCUCGCGCCGCUGGCCGGCCUGACCAGGCCGCCACCGGCGUCGAGCGCCGCCGAGUUCAUGGCCACGGGCGGCCGCGACAAGACGAUCAAGCUGUGGGACGCCCGCGGCAACUGCGUCAAGACCCUGGUCGGCCACGACAACUGGGUGCGCGCCCUCGUCUUCCACCCGGGCGGCAAGUACCUCCUCAGCGCGUCGGACGACUACACCGUGCGGUGCUGGGACCUCACGCAGGACGGCAGGUGCGUCAAGACUUUGUCGGGCGUCCACGGCCACUUUGUCUCCUGUCUUCGCUGGGCGCCGGGCAUCGUGCGCGGGGAGGUGGCGGCGAACGGCGGUGGUGGUGGUGGUGGUGGCGGCGACGGGCCCAAUGGGGUGAAUGGGACGCCGAGCAAGAGUAGUGCGGCGGCGGCGGCGGCGGCCAAGACGACGGAACAGAUGCGCUGUGUCAUCGCCACGGGAAGUGUGGAUAUGAAAGUGCGCAUCUUUGCGAACUAGACGAGUCGAGCGAAGGGAGACAGAGUUCGAAAUUUGGAACAGAUGCCGUGUGCUCCAGCUACGCCACUGUUGCUACAAAAGCCAGAUUUACAAGCGGCGUCCGCGGCUGUUACA